CGCGGUCCUUAUGAGGUCCUUCGAAUGUGUGGCGCGGGUACUGCUCUCACUUUUGCCAUGUUGAUUAUGGAUUUUACUCUGGUGACACAGAACUGAAACGAGCAUGUCAAAAUGUUUUCAAUAAAACAGAAUUGCUGGUUUAUAAGAAAGGUUGUGAUCUGGAGGGCGGUGGCGAGUAUUGCAUGGUCAGUGCUUCUCCUGCCCAUCACAACUGCAGUCUUUGUGCUCUUGAGUAGAUUCAGUCUGUUUCACCCCAUACAAUGGAUUUCAGACUGCACAAAUCUGCUUACGGUCUCCAGCACCAUCUUUUCCCUGAUGGUGUUGUGUGCCGUGGUUCUGAUCACUGGCUUUUUCAACCUGGAGUUUUACACACUGGUUCCCUCAAUUCCAUGCUCGCGUGUGGCUCUUCUGGGGACGGUGCUCCACCCGCUUCAGUGUGUCCAUUCUUUAGUUUACUCCUCCAUGGGCAUGCUGGUAAUGUGGUGUGCUUCUGUGAUCAUCGGCGGCCGUUACAGCACUCUUGGAACUCCCUGCAUGCAAAGCGAGAGCGGUGACGUGCUGACCUGUCUGAAUGAGUAUCAUCUGUUUCUUCUUCUGGCUGGGGCUUUCAUGGGAUACAGUCAUAGUUUUUUGGGAGUGGUUCAGAACAUGUACUAUGUUUCCUUUCAACCUAUACAACAAUACAAAUACCCGCAGUUCAAGGGCUGUCUUCCGAUGCUGCUGAAGUGCAGUGUUAUUCAGUCUUUAUAUUCAACAAGGAAUUUUGCUGCUCUUUAUUUCUUUUUUGGGUAUGUUCCCAGGACCUGGAUCUCCAGCACACUUAAUCUACCAAUAGACAGUUCUCUCCAACCGCUGGAUUCACUGACUGGACUUCUAGACUUCUCCCUCCUCUACCACCUGUCUAUAAGUGGCACGUUCCUGUACUUCACUUGGUACCUUACCGUGCUUCUCUUCAGGAUUUAUGCCACUGAGGCCUACAGUUUUCCAGUGCAAUCCACGUUUUCUGAGGAUGCAGAAAAGUGUCUGCCUAAAGUUGUGGCUGAAAAGAGCACACUAGUCAUGAAGUUUUUGGCUCUGCAAGACCUAGCUUUAUUAUCACAGCAUUCUGCCUCACGAAGACAGGAGGUUUUCAGUCUGAGUCAGCCAGGUGGUCACCCUCAUAACUGGAACGCCAUCAGCGGGGAAUGUCUGUGUUUGCUGAGCGAUUUGACCCAGAGACUGGUGGCUCAUCAGGAUGCAGUGGCCUCUAAUGGCAGAGUCAAGUCUCAGUCUGCUAGCAGUGACACCAGAUCAGCCUCUUCCAGCAGCUCAGUGUUGUCAGGAAUGGAGGAUGUUCCUGAGACUCCUCGACCCACUGUUCCUCUAAGAACGCCUGGUUCAGUGUUUAAGUCUUCGGUUGGGGGCAUGCACAGCUCUCUGACUGCUCCUUUCACUCCAGAUGUUGACAGUCCUUUCUGCUCUCCCGCUAUUCGGCGUCUAGUUGGCCAACAGGAUCCUCAGUCUCCCUGGUUUGGGACUGUGCAAAGUCCACACAUCAUGAGGAGAGGCCCCAAACUCUGGAGCGCCUCCACAGAAUCCCAAAGCAAUGGCAGUCCUCCUGCUUCUCCUGCCACUGCUCCCAGUCCUCCAGCAGCCAAUCAGAAGCCCAGCUUUCUGGCCCAGUGGCUGCAGAACCGGAAAGAGCAGGUUAAAAGCUUUUUGGCAAAGCGGGUGCUGAUAGUGUAUUUAUUUAACAAGCUUCCAGAAGCCUCAAGCCAAGCUCUGUUUGCUGACAGCCAGGCUCAUAUCUGGGCUCUCCAAGGACUAUCUCAUCUGGUGGCAGCGUCUUUCUCUGAGGAUCAGUUUGGAGUGGUGCAGACUACUUUACCAAAUAUUCUCAGCAGCUUGGUAGUCUUACUGGAGGCUGUUGACAGACACUUUAAGCUGCCUCAUGCCUCCAGCAAACCAGCGAGGUCCGUCUGCAGUAUGGGUGACUCCACUUACAAAACUCUAAGGUUUGCACUGAGAGCUGCACUAAAGACGGCCAUCUACAAGAUUACUACCACUUUUGGGGAACACUUGAAUGCUGUGAAUAUUUCAACAGAACAUAGAAAACGGCUUCAGCAGUUCUUGGAAUUCAAGGAAUAGAGCAACACAGCAUCUUUAUUUCAGACUUGUGUGUGUAUGUGAGGAUGCAAAGACAAUAUGUUUCACUCAAAGGUCUGAUUAAUGGGAUUUCGGCACCAUACAUCACUAAAAGCCUUACAAAAGUGUUGAACUUCA